CUUUGGAUCAGUCACCGUGUUUUUUUGUUUUGUUUUGUUUUUUGUUUUACCAGCAAAGCGUGUGAAUAUCAUCAGCAGCACAUGGAGCUGGCAAUGUCCUUGUUUCUGAUUGUUAUUGCUCUUUUCUUUACCCCGAGGGCUAAUAAAAUGUAGCUGCACAGCCAGGCUCACUAAAUCUACUAGUCAGGCUUUAAUAGCAGUCCCACAUUCCUCGUGGGUAGUAAUAACACAACAGCAGUCCACACGCACACACAUGAGUUUAUCCCCUCCAGUCGAGGAUAAUAAUGACACACAAACACCCUCCUAUAGCCCCCAUUCAGUCGCGCUUGCCUGAGGAAGCUGCUGUGGCAGAGAGCUGCUAUAGCAGGUGAUCGCCCUUAUUUGGUAACGGCCCAGAUCAUGUGACCACAAAAUGGUGGAAGCUGUGAGCUGUUUGUAAGCUGAGCAUCUCCACCGAGAGGCUGGGAGCAGGAAAUAAGGCAGGGAACUUGGAUGUACAUCCAUGCUCUGAGACGCAAGAGGACAGAGAUACCCGAGCCCCAGCAGCGGUCCUCCUGCGGAUGGACCUGGCAUCAGAGAGCAAAAUGAACUCUGAGGGGGGCGAAGGCAGGCCAGUCCCUCCGACCUCUCUUCCUCUGCAAGGAGGUGCCACUCAAAGAAAAAAGCUGUCGGCACCUCGCAUCAGCCUGUCACUGGACCAGAGCGAGGAUGACUUGGGGGAGACGCCAGACGAUCUCGACAUCAACGUUGACGACCUGGAUACUCCAGAUGAGGGAGAUUACCUCGACUACACGGACCAUGAAAUGGACUGGGAAGACCCCAAUGUGGCCAAUAGGAGCGGGCUGAGUGAGCCUUACGAUCCAAUCCCGACGUACAGCGCCGAGGAGGAGCGCCAGGACGGCAAACUGUGGAGGACUGUCGUCAUCGGGGAGCAGGAGCACCGCAUCAACAUGAAGAUCAUUGAGCCCUACAUGAGAGUCAUCUCCCACGGAGGCUACUAUAGCAACGGAGUGAAUGCCAUCAUAGUGUUCGCAGCCUGUUUCCUGCCAGACAGCAACAGAGAGGACUACCAUGAAAUAAUGGAGAACCUCUUCCUUUAUGUGAUCAGCACGCUGGAGCUGAUGGUGGCGGAGGACUACAUGAUUGUGUACCUGAACGGAGCCACACCGCACAGAAGAAUGCCCGGCCUCGGCUGGCUGAAGAAAUGCUAUCAGAUGAUUGACAGAAGGCUCAGGAAGAAUUUGAAAUCCUUCAUUAUUCUUCACCCAUCGUGGUUCAUCAGGACCGUUCUAGCCAUCACCAAGCCCUUCAUCAGCGCCAAGUUCAGCAGCAAGAUACAGUAUGUGGCCAGUUUGGACGAGCUGCAGAAACUCAUCCCCAUGGACAGCAUCCAGAUCCCAGAGUGCAUCAUUAGACUUGACAAGGAACUGAAGGAGGCGGCCGAGAACUCAAAAAUGAACAGUUUUCUGCUGGGACCGGAGCCAACAGCAGCCGGCAGAACGGACAGACCAGACGCGGCCGGGGCCAGCAGCUCUUAAACUAAAAACAUCCUAAACGGAUGGGUCACCUCGAUGUUCAGAAGUCACUGUUGUAUAUCACGGAUUGGAGCUGCAAAACAAAGGCAAAGGCUUGUUAAGCUACUAUGUGUGUGUGUGUGUGUGUGUCUGUACGUGUGUCAGUGUUUGUCAAUUAGACACUGGAGUUUAAUAUGAAAACACAACUUACAAAUGGUACCCUUAAACCACUCGGAUCUCAUUCUUUAUGGCUGCUGUAGCAUCAUCUACUGUAUCUUCCACCUGCAGUCCGGAGAGCCGUACAGUCGAGUGUGACGCUUGGCAGCACUCGCAGAGUAGCAUCCCUGUUCACGGUAGGGUAGGAAAACACAAUUACACACCAGACAGUGCACUGCGCACAAAUCCAUUUGUAGAGUCUAUAGUGUCGUAGUUGUGUGCAUGAGAAGCAGUGAAGCAAUAAUAUCACCCUUUAUUGGUCACACACACACACUCUCUGUGUUUCAGAUAAAUAAGUGACUAGUGUGUGUGCGACCUACAAUAAUGGCUCAAAGGUCUUAGCCUGAACAUACCCUCGUGCCAUAGAUGAUCACCAACUACUGCGUUUAACUCCUAAUACAUGUUCUGAAACUGGAAAAUAAAUAUUUAAAAUAGAUAUUUUAACUUUAUAGAGUCUAUCUGACAGCGGGGAGGAAUUAGUCAAGGGUGCAAUAUGUAAGAAUUUAAGUGGAAAACUGUUGAACUAAUGACAGUUCUACAGUUCUUGGAGAGAUAUUUGCUGAAGUUAGCAUGCUAACCAGCUAGCCCUUGCCCAUAGCCGUCCAAAGAUCCUGUGCAAGCGGCAUUAACGUCAACAUCUUGACCACUAGCUUCAUGGCUAACUGAGCUAACGACAGCAGUAAGGGUUUACUCUCACGAUUUUUCAGUAUGAUUUCGCCAAGGGGCCAAAUCUUACAUAUUGCACCUCUAAAUAUGAAACCAAGUUAUCAGUGCAGUGUGAGAGCAUGUCUUUUUAGCUCUGCAAAUGUGUGUUAGUGUGCGUGUGAGUGUGUGUCUUCAGUCAAAUCCAUACACAUAAACUGGGAAUCGUGUCUUCAGCUUCUCCUGGAUCAACAGGAACAAACCUCAGAAGAAAAUACAAAAUGGGAUUUCUGUAAAGCACAAUAUCUUCUGUGUGUGUGUGUGUGUGUGUGUGAGUGUGUUGUGCAUCAGUGCAUGUCCCCUCAUACAUAACUGAUGUUCCUCUUACACAUGAGUCCUCUACUUCGGUGUAUUGAGGAUGUGCAAAUGCAAUCAUGGAUCACUGUCUAGUAAUUCAAUAAAAAUGGAGUCAAGUCUGA